AUGAAGUCACAAAGACGAUUCCUCCUCUUCUACUUCGGAACGGUCUUGGCGGUUUUUUAUUCGGUCUACUACUACAUCGUUAAGGGUGUCCCUGGCUCCCUGUCUAGGUACAGUAUCGACCGGUAUGUAGGACGCUUACCAAAACCCUUCUUGAACAAAUGCAUUAUAUACUAUGAUGCUCAUUUGAGCGGUUCGACAAAGGGUAUUGCAUUAGCUGUCGCACGGCGUUUCAUCGCAAAUGGCGUGGAUUCGGAGGCCUCAGCUGUCGAAGGCUAUAAAUAUGCUGGGCAGCUUAAAGAAUCCUCGUACGUUCUCGAAUCUCAAGAAGAUCUCCUUGACCUUUCUAGUCCCUUCAACGUUGUGCUGCAAUACGUGGAAGAUCCACCUACGAAAGGUGAUUUCGAUGUCGUCGUACAUGGAGGCAGAUUGCUAGUUUUUUCGCUUAGCCGCAGAGCGGUGAUGUCUAAUCACACAGAAAGAAGAGUAUAUGACCUCAUACAAGGAAUAUUCUUCAAGAACGAGGGUAUGCCGUCUACAAGCAUGACGCCACUGCUCGAUCUGACUUUCGUUUUCAUGAGUGAUAAAGUAAAAGUAGCGUGGAGUUCAAGUUUAGGCGUGAUACGUGAUCUAUUCUUCCCCAUUGCCAAUGCGUUGUCCUUGUUCUACGACAUCAGCACCCACAGCCGUGUUAUUUCAGGGGCAAACUUCACUGCUACAAUGAAACUUAAGAGCAACGGUAACGUUGACCUACAGGAGCAGCCUUUUGAAAUGUUUGACUUUCUAGAGCGCAUUAUCAAUGUGGAACUGGGUACAAGGGACUCUUUUAUCUAUAGGCACACCCUCGCUUUUGUUUGUCACGCACCUAGCCAAGUACUGCGUUUCUAUGACAGAGCACUUCAUCGAGAGACCGAGUCCGUUGCAAUUAAAGGGACUGGAGUGUUGUCAUUUGUGGAUAUCAACGAUGAAAACGUCAUGGAAUACACUAUGGGCCGUGAUGACGCAGAGCUGUUGAUUGGGUCAUGGGCUACUCAUAUACGGCGGAUGCACAACUUACCUCCUAGCCGCAUCGAAACUGUGGCAGAGAGCCUGAAUGCAGAUGAUGUGAUCACUGUUCUGGAUGAUGGUUUAUACUUUAUAGACUCGUCGCAUCAUUCCUUUACGAUCCGGCUGCAGCCCCCAGGCCUGGUGUCAUUUUACGGAUUUGAGGUCUCCAAAAUUGCAAAUUCACUCUAUCAUAUCUAUUUGAAAGGGGCGUUGGACGCGCUUCAUAAAGUGGUCAAACCCUUGUCUAAAAUAAGUUUCAUGACUAGGGUGUCGCCAGCGGCGGUGAACAGCGCAAAGGAGUCCCACGAGGCAAUAGGUUGCCUUUAUGGAGUGGGAUGUGACGGCCUACCUUCGAACAACAUGGAGGCAUUGGCACUGGCGAGAACGGCGUUCAAGCAGGCCCUUGAGGCCAUGGGCGACGACGAGACCUACGCAAAGAACGCCGUUUCGGUGGAACACGGUAUCGCAUCACUGAUGUGCGACGCGUUUCCGUUUGUCUUCCCCAUGUUGGCUAAUGCGUUGAAAUAUGUCCUGGAGCGGUAA